AGCCCCCUUUGGCACAAUCCGCCGGCGCCGGCGCCAGUCGCAACGCUAGAGUUGCCAUGGCCUUAGACCGCACAGGUUCGCCACCGGUGGCGACCUCGCCGACGGUGCCCAAGCUGUCGCCCUCCGCAUCACGGCAGAGCUUAUCCUCCGACGUGUCCUCGAAGACGUUGAGGAAAGCGAGCUUCUUGGGGCCCGACGACAAUAGCGAGGUGCAUGCCUUCACCUUGAAGAACUUCAUCUACCAGGAUAAGUUGGAGACGAAGAUUCGACAUGAGCUUCGGGCCACGCAGUCCAUUAGUCUUGAGCAUGCGAACAAGGCCGAGGCCAAACACGAGAAGAACAAGGAGGCAUUUCCCGAUGGCGAGGCCUGCCUUUGUGACAUCACCACGGGGCAGAGCUUGAAUAGCAAAGUAGCCAAAGAAGCGAAGGUGGUCACCAUGGGCAUCCGAGGUGGCGCUGCGAAGCGCGUCCUACUGCCAGCUGUCCUGGAACUGCAGGGCGAGGUGCGGACGACCUUCUCGUUCCUCAUGAGUUUGGCUUUCUUUUUGCUGUUCUCCGCAGCCUGUCAGAUGCAUUACCGAACCUAUGCUGUCCAUUUGCAAGAAAAGAACUUGAGGAUUCAACUCACCGACGCAGCCACGGAGGUGAACGAGAUUCCUCAGAUGUUCGAGUGGAUGGAACAGAGCUGGUUCCCUUUUCUUUGGUCUGCGCCCAACGCUGCAGGCACCACUGAGAGUUUGCUGCCAAGUCGACAGCUCACGCUUCUGGGCGGCUCGCUGCUGAAGGUCAUCAGCAGUCCCGCCGAGCCCUGCAUCUACGUCUCCGGCGCCACCUGUUACGACCAAGGUGAGAGGGCCUACAACUAUGACCCGGUGCUGAACGGCUGGGAGGUUCACCGCCGGCUUAGCGAGACCAGUCUCGACCCCAACUCAAACGACGCACUGUACCCAGGGCGGCCGGGCUAUUUGAUGUCAGCCUACCAGUGGCUCGACCGGCUUAGAGGCUCCAGCUUGACUGGAAGCACUACUGCUUGGCAGGCGCUGGAGCCUUCCAAGCCCUCCAAGCAACGCCGAGCCCGGGCUCGGCACCGCCGCGUGGGCAAUCUGCCGCGCAAGGCGCGCAGGGUCUUGCAGGGCGGUUUGGAGGGCUUGCCCAGCAAGAAGACGAAGAGAAGUCGUCAUGGCUGGAUGAGAGCCUUCUUCGAGAGGUCAGAGGGCAAGGAUCGCAAACCGGAGGAUGCCAGGCGUUUGGCACCCACGUCCUCAGUCAUCAUGGACGGCUUGCCUGACCCUGUGGGAUAUGAGAAGGCCUCGGUGACGGUGAUUCCAAUGAGUCGGACCUUGGGGAACGUGUCCUUGCAGCUCCAAGCCUGGCAGACGGACUUGAGUCGCUUGGUCACGGAGAGGACCCUCAUCGUGGGUGUGGAGACGAUGGUGCGCAACGAGCAGACCCAGCUCUUGACCCAUGUCUUUGUGAACUUCCUGCUGAGCCGUUCAGGCGCAAUCUUCGUGCAAGUCCGGCUGCUCUCGCUGCACACGGUGAAUGACGGCUGGGCCAUGAUCUUCGCGGGGGUGUGGGUGAUCUUUCUCAUCGGCUUCAUCAUGGUCCUUUUAGCACAGAUCGUGAUGGCCUUCUCCAACGGCAAGGCAGCUGCCCAUUUCACUCGCUUCUCUACGAUCAUUCAGUGGGCCAUUGUGCUGAUCGGCGUGAUCAGUGUGAUCCUCAUGCUCACCGAACGCUUGGAGAUGAGACGUGCCAAAGACCUCGUUGAGGACUACAUGAAAGCAAGGCCCAAGGUCUUGGCGGCAACCAUCGAAGACUUCGACAUCAGCUGGUUCAACUUGCUUCACUUUGUGAUCUUCUGGGCAACCCGCGCAGAUAGUGAUUUGCUGAUUUUGGUGACCAUGUUCCACAUCCUGAUCCUGGCGCAAUUCUUGAUCGCCUCCAAGGGGCAACCACGACUGGCUUUGUUGGUGAACACUUUGGAAAUGGCCUUCCAAGACAUCGUCCACUUGUUCGUGGUUUUCCUCUUCAUCUUCAGCGCUUUCGUCAUUGCCGGGCACAUCCUCUUCGGCUCCAAGCUCAAGGACUUCUCCACGGUCUACGGUUCCUUCGCCAAGAGCCUGGAGCAGGUGGUCUCGUUCAAGACUGACUGGGAUGUGAUUACUGAGCAGGACUGGUGGACGGCGGCCAUUUGGGUUUGGUUGAUGAUCAUCGUGGUCAGUCUGGUGGUGAUCAACAUUGUCCUGGCAGUGAUCUUCGACUGCUACGGGAAAAUCCGCUCUGGCAUCACCGACAAGGACACUCUGUGGACCACCAUCCAGCGGCAAGCCAUGGCUUUGAGGUACACCAGCUCGUGGUAUGCCACAGUGGACUUGCUCACGGGCAUCAAGAACGCCAAGUCCGACAACCUCACCCCCGAAGGCUUCCGAGAGAUCUUCCGUGGCAUCACCGACGAGCAGGUGGAACAGAUCUACGAGCUGGCGGAGAUUCGUGCCAAGAACGAUACCAUCAAAGGGCAGCCCACGCUCCUGGGCGAAGCCAUCGCCAGCAUCCUCCUGGGCAUCGACGACGUCCGGGAUGGUGUUCGCACCAUCCAGGACAAGAACUUCAAGAGCCUCAAGGAGUCAAAGAUUUGGCUUGAGGAGUUCAAGCACCCGCUCACCGCGUGUGAUCCUGUGUGGGAUUUAGGCCCCAACACUUACCAGAUCGUCUCCAACACCGGCUGCGACGUACGCGACUUACCCGACAUGGUCUCGCCAGUGGUCACCAGGCUCGCCAAGGGCGACAAGGUGGACCUGGUGAAAACCCAGGACUACGUGGGAGGUGAAGGCUUGCGGCGUUUGAUGGGGCAGUUGGCGGAGCCCAACUGCGGCUGGAUCCCGAUCUUCGAUCCCGAGACAGGCUAUGCCUGGGCGGAGGUUUGGAAGGAUCCGAAGAUUAAGGAGCCCGAUUUCGAAGGUUCCUACACCAUCCUCCACGAGAACGCCUGCGUGCGUGAGGACAUCUCCUUGAAUUCACCGGAAGUGGCACAGCUUGAGGCUGGGACCAUGGUGAGCGUCCUGGAGGUGGUGCUGGACUACUUUGACGAGGAGCAUUUGGCGCAUCGCAAGCGCGGCCGUCUCUUGCAUCCGGAAGGCUGGAUCUCAUUGAUGGAUCGGGACACAGGGUAUCGCUUUGCAGAGCGCUCCAAAAUUCAAGAGCCCUUUGGGAAGUGGGUCGCCAGCAAAGACAUGGACAUCACUGUGGAACCCACUUCCAGGGAGGCCUUGAGCCAAGUGCAUGUGGGCGACGCGGUGGAUAUUCUGCAGAUGCGUUCUGCCAGCCUGGAGACGUCCAAGGCCAUGCACCUCUUUGGCUUAACGAAGAUCGGAGGCUGGAUGCCUCUCAAGAACCUGGCCUCCGGCGACGCCUUCGCCGAGGCGAAGCCAGAGCUCAAUGAGCCGGAGAUUCCUCCAGAGGAGGAUACCAGCAAGCUUCCGAGGAACCCACCCAGAUGGGUUCAAGAUGGAUUGCUGUGCCACCUUCAACGGCAGCAUCGCAAUAUGAUCAUGAUGACGGAGAAGUUCCAAACCAUUCAGAUGGGCUUUGAGCAAAAGGGCAUCAACUUGGAACCUGUGCUGCCGGACGACGAGCCGCCCUUGCCAGACUUCGAGACGAUGCUGAAGCCCUCGCGCUUCGCGCAGCAAAACCCAGGCCAUGUGGCCGUGCGCCGGCCGCUUCAGCCUGCCGUGAACCUCCCCGAGCCCUCGGCGAAGAUGUCCUCCCAGUCUUUGAAGAGCCGUUUGCAUCACUUCGUCUCCUCCAUCUGAGCAAGCCUCCGGCCUCUGACUUGAGCUUUCGCAAAAAGGAC